UCUACUCGAGGGGCUAAUUUCCCCCAACCUGGAGAAUUUCUAAAGGAGAGGGACUAAAUAGCCUUACUAUUCGCCCCCGAUGGUUGUAGGUUACCAUGUCGCGGCGCAAGCAGUCCAAACCACAGCAUAUCAAUUCAGACGAGCCCGCUUCGGCAGAAAACGGGAUCUUGCACAACGGUCAAGGUGAGGAGGAUGGAAACCUGGCUAAGAGACGACGGUCAGAGGAGACGAGGGUUUGCGACAAAUGUUGCGCCGAGUUCUUCAAUGAUGCAGAGUUUCUUGAACAUGAGAGAAAUUGCACCAAGAGUCAGCAAGUCGUGAUCAUGAAAGACAGCGACGGGAAUGAAGUGCCCCCAGAGUUCUCCCAGCAUUCUCAGAGUGAUUUCCUGGGUGAUAAUGGGGAUCAGUCGACCAGUAAUUCACAUUCAAAGCACAGUGCAGAUUCUGAGGAGAUGAUGGAAGGAGAGCUCAUGCUGAACCAGGAUGACCCCUCAAAUCAAGAUCAAGAUGCGUCUGUCAGUUCAGAGACGGGGUAUAUGGUAUCUUCCAAGCUGCAAGACUCUAAUGUGACUCUUGAGUCCAUGGCUGCUACUAAAGUUGCUGUAACGCAACACUCAUCCAGUUCGUCCAAUCAGAAGUCUCCACCCCCGCAACCACACCAAGAUGCCCUUCUUGCAAUCCCCAUGAUCCUGGAGCAGCUGGUCAGUCUCCAGCAGCAGCAAUUGCAGCAGAUCCAGCUAACUGAGCAGAUACGCCUCCAAGUGGCCAUGAUGACGCCUCAGAGUUUCCACUCCGCGCUGGGCGCUGCUGUAGAUCCACUGAAAGCAUUGGGUGCGCAUCUAUCACAGCAGCUUUCGGCCGCAGCUGCCCUCAUUGGCAAACGGACGGGCUCCCAGAACUUGUCCUUGGAGGCCUUAAAACAAGCAAAGCUACCUCAGUCCGCCACGAUCCCCACAUCUCUCGCCGGAGGUUUGGGCUCAGUGCCCUUAAAAGCAGACUUGAAAGGACUCCCCGAUUUAGCUAGUCGGCUUCCAGCGCUCCUUCCUCAAUCUCCAGGAGUCAUGGGAUUGCAGAGUCCCUUCAGUACCCUUGCAGCGAGCGUGGAUCCCUCUAAAAAGGCCAAAAACAAGAUCCCUGCCGUGCCGGAGUCUAAAAAUGGCUUGGGCGAACACAUGUUCAAGCACAAAUGCAAGUUCUGUGGGAAGACAUUUGGAAAUGACAGCGCUCUCCAAAUCCACUUGCGCUCACACACCGGCGAAAGGCCCUAUAAAUGUAACAUCUGUGGAAACCGCUUCACAACCAAAGGGAACCUCAAAGUGCAUUUCCAGAGGCACAAAGAAAAAUACCCGCACAUUAAGAUGAAUCCACAUCCAGUACCAGAACACCUGGACAACAUGCCAACAAACAAUGGCAUCCCUUACGGCAUGUCUGUGCCUAUAGAUGAGAGCAAUUUUGCUGACACCAAACCAGUGCUGGGGCUUCCCUCGACGGGUCUCCAUCCACCAGUGCUCCAAGGAUUCAAGUCCUCCUAUGAUGUUCCAGUAGGUGGGGACCUCUACUCCCAGAGGCCUUCUUCAUCUGGCAGCGACGGUGCAUCCAUUUCUUCUGGCAUGUUUGGUCCAGAGAUGACGGGACUGGAUCAAAGCAAAGAUUCCUCCGAUUCGCUGGCUGGAUUGCACCACAUAACUGGUAAUGGUCUACCUGGCGAAAAUGGAUCUGGUACUGCAAAGCUUCAGCAGAUGGUGGAUGGCUUGGAGAAGAAGACAAAUGAUCCUAAUGAGUGUGUCAUUUGCCAUAGAGUCCUGAGCUGCCAAAGUUCCCUCAAAAUGCAUUACCGCACGCACACCGGUGAGCGACCGUACAAAUGCAAAAUCUGUGGCAGGGCUUUCUCAACCAAGGGCAACCUUAAAGCUCAUUAUGGCGUUCACAGGGCCAACACUCCCCUUAAGAUGCAACACUCGUGCCCGAUCUGUCAUAAGAAGUUCACCAAUGCCGUCGUCCUCCAGCAGCAUAUUCGCAUGCACAUGGGUGGCCAGAUUCCCAACACCCCCCUGCCAGAGAAUCAGUUUGAAAGCCCUGAAGCGCUGGAUGCUAGCAUGACUGAGGAUAAGAACAUUGACUCCACUGGCCACGAAGAGAGUAUGGAAGAGCAAGACUUUGAUUUGGACAAUCAGGAGAAGCUGAACAAUUCUACAGAGCCCCAACCCGGCGCCAAAGAAGAUUUCCCACCUUCUAUGUUUACAGGCAUUGCUGCCCUGGAGAACCACAUGAAGAGCCUCACCUCUGCACUGAACCUGCAGCGACAAAGCAGCACGGCUUCUGAGAGCGAUGGCGGGCUGAAAGAUUCUCCUUCAGGGUCCGGAGAAAUGGAUUACAAGAACGGCCGCAGCCCGCCUGUGUCAGAUUCCAUGUCUUUUCACUCAUCGUCCCCUAUAGACGGCCCCCUGAGUAACGGACAGUCAAAGUCACCAGAAUCCACAAACCCAGAUGAUGCACUCAAAUCCAGACCGGACUCCGAUGCACCUCAAGAUUUUGGCGAAAACAGUGGAGCGCUGGACUUGACGUCAAGUUUUACUCCGAAACAAAUUAAAGAGGAGCCAGGCUUGUCCUUCUCCAGUGGUGAAUAUGGUUCUAGUCAGUUGCCAUUCAUGAGGGUGCCUCCGAGUCUGGUCAAACUGGAGAUGCAGAUUCCUCCGGAGACUCCCAUGGGUGCUCACGGUCUGUACAGCUCCCAGCUCCCCCAAGGAGCUGCCACUCCUCCUGCUACUUCUAGUGCUCCUCGUCGCUCCACCAAGCAACAUCUCUGCAACGCCUGUGGGAAGAACUUUUCAUCCGCCAGCGCCCUGCAGAUCCAUGAACGUACACACACGGGCGAGAAGCCGUUCGCUUGCACAAUUUGUGGCAGGGCUUUCACAACAAAGGGAAACCUUAAGGUGCAUGUUGGGACCCACAUGUGGAAUAACACUGCAAGGCGAGGUCAACGUCUCUCGUUGGAUAACCCAAUGGCUUUGAUGGCCAUGGGCGCAGAGUCCAAGAUGAAACCAGACAUGCUGCCGCCCCCAAAGGAUUUGAUUCCCCCGCCGAUCAAUUUCGACCCGUCGAUGUGGAACCAGUACGCUGCUGCAUUCACAAACGGGCUGACCAUGAAGGCCAAUGAGAUUUCGGUCAUCCAAAAUGGUGGCAUCCCUCUCCCGGGAAGUCUCGCUGGUGGUCCUUUAGUGGGUUCUACUGGAGGAAUAACCAACAUGGAGACCUCUCAGAUGGGCAUCCCUGGCACAAUUGCAGAAAUGGAAAAAAAUGGCUCUGACAACAUAGCAAAGUUUCCACAUUUUAUGGAGGAGGGUAAAGUGAAUUAGAUGCCGAAAGGACUACAGAUGUUCCCAAUCAACAGUCUGCAUUGUGCUAAUGAGCCUGCUGAAAUGUUAGGAACUGGGCUAUUUAUUAGUUGGUACAAUCAAUUCAUACAUGUAACAUUGCUUUUAAGAAGUUGCAAAUUUACAUACCCUUGUUAAGUGAGCCUAUACCUUAAAACGGGCCAUGCCUUCCUUAUUGGACCCUUACAUGCUAUUGAUUUCUUCUAGUUGAAUCUGAUCUAACUACUGUAGUUUUCUGUUUUGUUUUGUUUUUUUCCCUUCUCUCUCUAAUAUGCGGGUAUUUUGUCAGUUUUAUUUCUAGAAGUUGAAUGUAAGUCUUACUUGAAAUAGCUUUAUUCCAGAGCAGUCUCAUUAGUGAAAAGUUACAUUGUGCUCAGCUCAGGAUGAUCUCGGGUGACCAGAGAUCUCAAUGUUUUAACAGUUAACAUCUUGUUCAUCUCUGCUUGACUACUCAUGGUCCUGUUCUUAGUCGUGUUUCAAAAAAUUACAUUAGUCAAAAAUAUCCAUGGCAUAGAGGUCAUACAACAAAGGUGUUUGUGGAAUACAUGCCUAAAUAAAUUAACCGUUCCACACAAUCUACUGUCUACUGAAGAUUACGGUUUAAUUGGACUUAAUGAGUCGUUGUAUAGGUUUGUUUUGAAACUGGAUUUCACUAAGUUAUUAACUUUUUUUUUUUUUUUUUUUUUUUUCUCUCUCUUCUCCCUUGACUCUAUAUAGAUUCUAUUUUGCGCUUAAUACCAAAAAUGUUUUUGCUAAGUGCCUGUCUUGGAGUGCUUUUCUCUCUCCUCUGUAUUUUCCUCCUCCCUCGCCCUCACAAAAGACACCAUAGGAUUGUAAUAAAGGCCUUUUCUUUUAUUUAGACCACAAUAUGCUAUAUUUUUGCAUUUAGCUGUAGCUUUUUCAAGUCAUUA